CAAAGAUCACAUGGUAAUGUUAAUAUGGCGAAUGUAGUCUGUCCGGGAUUGUAUUCAUACUACACACACAAACUGAUUAGUACGUACUGUUUAACGGGCAAUGCAGAGUGACUGUCACUAUACGCGAUUUCGGUCGCAGCCCAAGCCACAUUUGCUGACUGUGUAGGAGACUCGGUGCAGGAGAAGAGAACUUGUGUGGAAUCGCUGUAAUGGCGUUGGAACUCUUCCCCAAGGAAAACACUUUGAAAAUGCGCAAAAAGCUGAUUGGGCAGUCAUGCAGACUCUUUUUCUCUCAUGACCCAGUGAAAAUAGUGAGAGCACAAGGACAGUAUUUAUAUGAUGAGAAUGGGACACAGUACUUGGACUGCAUUAGCAAUGUGCAGCACGUGGGUCACUGUCACCCCAGCAUCACUCAGGCUGCAGCAACUCAAAUGGAGGUUCUUAAUGCAAACACCAGGUUUCUCCAUGAUAAUAUAAUCCAGUACGCAAACCGCCUUGCAGCCACUCUACCCAAGAAGCUAUGUGUCUUCUACUUUGUCAACUCAGGCUCAGAAGCUAAUGAUCUUGCCCUGCGGCUGGCCCGUCAGUUUACCCAACACGAGGAUGUUAUAGUUCUAGACCAUGCAUAUCAUGGCCAUCUUACCAGUCUUAUUGACAUAAGUCCUUACAAGUUCCGUAAGCUGUCAGGCCAAAAAGAGUGGGUUCAUGUGGCACCAAUCCCUGAUACCUACAGAGGUCUUUACCGUGCAGAUCAUCCCAACCCAGCAGAAGCCUAUGCAGAUACUGUGAGGAAUCUUAUUGAUGAAGUACAUAAGAGAGGACGCAAGAUUUCAUCUUUCUUUGUAGAGUCCUUACCCAGUGUUGCUGGACAUAUCAUCUUGCCACCUGGAUACUUUCAAAAAGUUGCACAGUAUAUCCGUGCUGCAGGAGGUAUUUUUGUAGCUGAUGAAAUUCAGACAGGCUUUGGCCGUGUGGGAAGCCACUUCUGGGCUUUUCAACUCCAAGGUGACGAUUUCUGCCCUGACAUUGUGACUAUGGGUAAACCAAUGGGCAACGGGCAUCCUUUGGCAUGUGUGGUUACCACAGAGGAGAUAGCUGGUGCCUUUACGAGCAAUGGAGUCGAAUAUUUCAACACUUUUGGUGGAAACCCAGUGUCCUGUGCAAUUGGCCUCGCAGUACUAGAUGUGAUUGAGAAAGAGGACCUGAGAAGUAAUGCAGUUCGUGUUGGAAAUCAUUUGAUGAAGCUCCUCCGAGAGCUCCAGGCUACACACCCAAUUAUUGGAGAUGUGCGUGGUGUAGGUCUCUUUGUGGGCUUUGAACUGGUUAAAGAUAGAGAGGUUUUAACACCAGCCACAGGAGAAACAGCACUUCUUGUUAGGAGACUGAAAGAGAAACACAUAUGCUUGAGCGUAGAUGGACCAUGGGAGAACGUCAUCAAAUUUAAACCCCCUAUGUGUUUCAGUAUGCAGGAUGCUGAAAGGGUCAUUGAACAAAUUGAUCACAUUCUUACAGAAAUUGAAGGCAACCUUUAAGACCUGGACAGCAGAAACAACCAUGGUUAGUAGAAAUAUUAAAGAAAGUAAUUAAGUGUAUUUUUAUGUUCCAUUUGUACAUUUUAUAUUACAUGAAAACUUUGGUGAAAAUGUCUAACCAUUAACAACAUUUAAAAAGAAAAUCUUUAUUCCUCAAUAAACAAACAGAGGAUAUAUAAAAUGAAAUAAGGACGGACACUACCCAAAUUAAAACACUUGUUUACUAUAUACAUAUGUAAAUCUAAAUAUGUGUAUCAUUUAUAAUAUACAUACAAGCAUAUAUGAAGUAUGAUGUGCAGAAAUAAUAGCAAAACCUGAACAGGGAGUGAUUUGAGUAAUUUUCUUUAACCAAAUAUUUCAUAUAUAUUUUGUAUUCCCUUUUAAUGGAGUCUGGAGAUUUACACUGUUUAAACUAACACAGAAACUGACUCAUGGACAUCAUGGAAUUUGGUAUAUUAACAAUAAUAAAGUGUGUAUUAUUUUUUAAUGAUUUUAAUCAUUCAUGUCAUCUUGUAAUGUGUGUAUCAGUUUAUUAGUCUUAAUCAUAUAUACAUUAGUCACAUUUAUGAAUUAUGAUUUAUUAGUAAGUUCACAACUAUUUAUACAAAAUUGUCUUGUGUUGAAUCUGGAACCUGCAAGAAAAGAAUUGUAUAAAUAAGCCAAUAAAAAUUAAGUAGGUGC